AUGAAAAGCGAAGGAAAGAAGAAGAAAAAUACUUUGUUGAACAAUUCCGACAUCAGCUACCCUUACAACUUUAGGUAGGUCCAAUAUCUAUGUCAUUAUCUUAUUUAUUUAUUUUUUUGAAAUUUCAAAAAAAGAGAUUUAUCAGCAACUAUCUUUUGAUACAAUUUGAGACACUUGAUGACGGGGAUCGAUUGUGGCGAGUCUGUGGCGCUCAUCACCGGCGGGUAAGUUUUACUUUGAAAAAGUAAAGUAUGCAGCAACAGAAUUCUAAGAACAUCUUUAGAUUUGAGUUCGUUCUGACGUCCAAGCCGGCCUUAAACAUUUCAGCUACUGAAAACGUAGAAGUAUCUAGGAAAAAAUGGGUUCACCAAGUAAAUUUUUUGAAUCAUAAAACGACCCUUAAUAUUAAUCCCGUGAAUGUAUGAUUUUAAAGAUAAACCCCACGAAAACUGACUUUCCAACUAGGUUUUUGUCGUCACAGGACCACUUUGUUACGCAACUUGACUGAAACUCAGAUCAUCGGAAUCACCUCCUGAGACGCACUUCCUUUCUGAAAUUCCCAAGAGCACUGCUGCCAAGGUGUUCCAACGUCCAAGCAAGUUUUUUUCUCUUAUAGGUCUUAUUAUAUUAAAAAUAAAAAAAUUCGAAAAAAAUCGAAAAAUACCAAAGCUGUAGUUUGGCUGGUGUUGCAUUGUUUGCUUUUUUUUAAAUAAUAGAGGAUCAUAAAAAAAUUUCUCUAGGAAACUAAAUACAAAGUCUUUGAUCACUUGAGAAAAAAAUAAUAAAACUGAUAAGAUUUCAGUUACCAAGUCGUCUACUUUGUCUCCAUCUCGUCGUUAGUUGUUAAGCUGAACUAUGAAAAACCUCAGUUUUCAGUCAUGAGUUUCGAUCAUCAUUACGUCAGGCGUCAUCCAAACGACCAAGUUUCUACUCUUCCAAGAUUAGUCUCAAGCUUGCAAAGAAAUGAAGAAACUGAAAAAGAAGAGAAAAAGGGGAGAGUUGCCUCCAGACCACCAUACACUCGUUCGAUUUCUCACUGUUAGUCCGUUUGAUCUUUUUUCAAGUGUUUGAAAGGGAUUUUUAUUUCAGCGGCUAUUUUCUCGAGCGGCGUCCAAAACAACACAAUGGUCCCAUUAUUCUCCGGUGAGUAUAAAUUAUCCGCUCUGUUAACUGGUCCUAAAUUUUUUUUUUCAUUCUAACCACGCGAAUUUCAACAAGUUGAUGGAGCUGAGCUUUGUGUGGCUUAUAUACCUGCGUAAGAGUACUAUUAUUAUUAUCUCAUUGCCCCUCUCUUAUGGUAUAGAAAUGAAUUGACGGGUACUUGGGUACAAAAGAGAGCAUCUGCCAAUUCACUUAGGCUUCCGAAUCUUAUUAACAAGGGAAGUGUUUUUGGUGGCCGGUUGAACUUUUGUUGAAACUUUGCUGAAAGGUACUAUAAGACCUCCUCUUUCCAGAACACAAAUAAAAUUUUUCGCAAUAGAUCUCGUUUUCGAGUUAUGAAGCUUCAAAGUUCGCCCGCUGAAUGAGUGCUGCAAGGCAAGAGGAAAUCUGACUCGCGUACGAUCCCUCUACUCCAGUUGGCAGCGUGGUGUAGUGGCUAGCGUCCUCGCACUGGGGUGUCCAUGACCGUGGUUCGAAACUUUUUGAAGAAAUUCGUUUUUGCCAAAACUUUCGUAGGAAGAGUUUAUCGUCAUUGAGGAAAUAGACCAAAACUUUCUUUCCAAAAUAACAUAGAUUCUCAUUUCAUUCGAUUUACCAAGACUUUCGACAAACAUUUUCCUUCGGCCAAUGGGCAUUAUCGAUGGAUCCCUUUCUGUAUUUUUUUAAAGAAUCUAGAAGAGACUUACUCAUCUUGCUGUGGCGUAAGUUUUUAUUUGAUUCCUUUAAAAUCAUCAACUGGACUGAAACUCUGAUUAAAAGGCAUGUAGAACUUUUUGGACCAAAAAAAGACUAUUAAUCAUGUUUAUAAGCGGAAGAAAGCUUUUCAAUCGGUAUACCGAAUCAAAAUGAAAAAAUAUGUUAAUUCGGAGAAAAAAUUUUGAUCGAUUUUAACAAUGUCGAUAAAUUCCUCCUAGGAAAGUUUUGGCAAAAACGAAUUUCUUCAAAAAUUUUCGAACCCCGGUCAUAGACACCGCAGUGCAGGGGCGCUAGCCACUACACUACGCUGCCAACUGGAGUGGAGGGAUCGUACGCGAGCCAGAUUCCCUCUUGCCUUGCAGCACUUAUUCAGAGUGCAAACUUUGAAGCUCCAUAACUCAAAAAUGAGAUCUAAUGCGAGAAAUUUUAUUUGUGUUCUGGAAAGAGGAGGUCUUAUAGUACCUUUCAGCAAAGUUCCAACAAAAGUUCAACCGGCCACCAAAAAAACUUCCCUUGUAAGCAUGAAAUGUUUUUCUUUUGACUCAUUAGUCCUCAAAGAAGUAAAAUGUUUAAAAAAAAAGUCAAUUUUAAUAUUACUUCGCUGUUCACUAUAUAUAAGAACAAGAAAAAGAACCCUUUUACCCCAUUUGAGGAACAUCUUCAGGAGGAGAGGGGCUAUAACUCGGGCAAAGUCGGAAUGGUGGAUAAUGGCUGCUAAAAGGGAGAGGCUCAAAAAAGGCCGCAGAAAGGCAGCAAAAAGGCAGCGAACGGCAGCAAAAAGGCAGCGAAAGGCAGCAAAAAGACUACCUUUAACGAGCCUUCCCUUUUUCUGGGAUUUUAAAGGCUCGAGAAAUGGUGGAGAAAGGGAGAGGCAGCAAAAAUGGUGCAUAAAGGCUGAGAAAAUGGAGCAAAAAGGCAGCAAAAAGAGAGCCUUCAUCACCCUAAAAGGAACAUUUCUAUGGUCCUUUAUGGACCCUCGGAGGGUCCUUCCGACUUUGCCUAUGUAAGACGGUUUCCAACUCCCCACAAUGAGUGGACACAAGAUUUUAAUAGUGAAAACUCGAGGUUUGAAAAGAAUUAAGAAGAGUAUAUUGGAUAUUGAGUGCCAGCCAAAGUUUUCGAGUUUUUAUGUUUUUUUUGUGAAACCUGGCUUUCAGAACAGGACCUAAACCUAUUGACGGAUUUUGAAGAGUGUGCAGCAACACAAUUUUAAGAACAUCUGUGGAUGUGAUAUUUUUGUCCUAUAGUGGUGAUGAAAAGGGACAUUUUAGUCCUGUAAUGGUGAUGCAAGUACAAGAUCAGUAUGCAAGUUCAAGUACAAUAAUUAUAUAUUGUACUUGAACUUGUACUAGGCACAAGAAAUUUGUUGUAGUACUACUUGUAGUUGUACCUGGUGUGUAAACUAUAUAUAUGUAUAUAUUGUUUUUGUACGUGACCUAGAUACAAUAAAUAUGUUGUACUUGUACUAGUAUACAUUUAUACAUAUGGCAGGGGUGUGGGGACGGCAGUCUUCACCAUCACAAUCCACCUUCUUUUUUUUGUAGUUGCUUGACGAGUGUCACCGAACCCGGCUCUGCAGCCGACAGACGCGCUAAGCCGACUCUUCUUCCAAAUUUCGUCGCUCAUCUUUUAGUUUUUUCUAGUUGAAACCUCUGAAAGACGGCGUCCGUCCACGGUUGAAAAAUACAACUUGACUGAGACUCACCAGGGAACGUUUUUUACCCCCCGGUUGAACUUUUGCUGAAACUUUGCUCAAGUGUACUUUAGGACCCCCUGAUUCCAGAACAAGAAAAAAAUUUCUCGCAAUAGAUCUUCUUUUCGAGUUAUGGAGCUUCAAAGUCCGCGAAAUCGCGAAUUAGGCCAAAAAAGCGCUAUUUCGAGCUUUUGAAAGCUUGAAAAGCUUUUUCUCAGUAUUCUAGUCCACGUGGAUGAGCAAAUAUAAUUUCUCUUGCUUCCGACUAUGAUUACCCAGGAUUAGACUAUCAGCCACCAAAGCUUCAACUCCAUCCGCGCAAAUUUCUUGGAAAAUGAUCUUUGAUUUGAAAAAAACAUUUUUUGUUCCAGCUAGAGGCUGCGGCGAAGAACCUUUCUUGUGGGGACUAAAGAGUCAAGACGAUAAAGGUGAGCGAAUCUACGCUACUGAUUAAUUUUUCGUCCCCUGUGUGACCGCCUUUUUUCUGUUUUUCAGUUGGUUCUCCACGAUUAAUUUCUAAUCCUCGAUACGUGAGCGGCGAAAAAAAAGGCCAAAGAGUUUGUGAGCAUUUUCUUGUUAGUUUGAACUGUUUUUCAGUCGAGUAGCAGUCCACGGACUCUAAGACAGGACUCGAAUGAGAAAAUUGGGCGUAGAGCUGCGACGGGGUCGACGAGUUCCUCUCCUGAUGAAGCUCCAUAUGAAACUAUUCAAGUUCAGGUAUGACUCGAGCUGCAUCCAUUCAAUAGAGAUGAAAACUUGAAAAACGUACAGUUUCACGUUUUUCAAGGAAAAAAACAAUGCAAUACCCUGUCUGUUCUGUUUUCUCAAUCGAUCCCAAAAAAAAAUAAUAAUAAGAGGCUAGGAAUCCUGCGAAAUCGCAUAGUUUUCCUACAAUCCCUUCAUGUCUUAAACUAUUGUUUUAUUAUCAUUCAGAUCAUUGAAAACCAUUUGAAGAUGUUUUUUUUGUCAAAAAAUUUAAUAUUCAAAUUUUGCUCUUGCCAGAAGAUUGCUUGCUCUUCUUUAAAAUAUCGAAUCGUCAAACUGCAAAAGUUUUUGUUGUAAGAGAAAAAGUUUCUGAUUUUUUCAUUCUUAUUCAGAUCGAAUACAAUCCAAAGACGAAUGGAGUCAGGUCGUCAAAAGUCUUCCGAACUAAUAAGAUUUCGCCGACUCCGCCGACCAGACUUCCGCCUCAGGUGCCCCGAGCGCCGUCGCCUCCGCCCCGACGCGACCGAUCCGUCGACGUCCCCAACUCCAGCUCGAGAUCUGCGAGAUCUGCUUCUUUGCUCACACCGCAAACAGGUUCUUCUUCCUCUGUAGCACAGAGUGAGCGACGGAAUAACGAUAGUGGAACCGUUGAGAAACUUUCAAUUUUCUUUUCGAGUGCCAAACUUUCUUCUGUCAAGAUGACUCAAAUUUCAAUGAUUUCUGAAAAGAGAAACUGCAAGCCCGAAAUCAUUGCCAAAAAGUGGAAGGAUAUUAUCGGGUAGAACUGUCAGCUCAACAUUCCUCGUUUUCUAGCUAAUUUGCCAACACUUUUUCUUAUCAGUCGGAUAAAAUAUUGAGAAUGACGAAGAAAAAGCUAUUCUUCGUUGUUUUCGCAUUUUCAAACAAUGUUAAAGUUCCGUUAUGAGGAUCCUAGUAAGUUUAUGCAUAAACAUUUUAUUUAGUUGAUGAAAAAAAAGAAACCUUCUUUUUGAACAAAAGUGGUCAUUUUAGUGUGUAAUUUACUAGGGAACGCCUACUAGGGAAAACCACCGGGUUGAACUUUCAAUAAAAUCAUGCUUAAGUGUACUUUAGAAUCUCCUGAUUGCCGAACAAGAAAAAAAAUAUUGAUUGAAAAAGGAUCUGCGUUAAUAAUGAAUUCCAAAAACACGUAUCCGUCGAAUUUAAAGUUUUGCGCAGGCAGUUAAUAUGACUGGAUUUCAACUACGCGCUCAGGGAGAUUUUGAUCAAUGUAAAACAAAUUCUGAGCCAUCAAAACGACGUUCCUAGGACAGAUUAAAUUUUCAGAGACGAGUCUGAGUUUCACAGAGCCUCAAACAGUGUCUCGCGAAGGACGAUCAAGUAGCCCUUCUUCAGUUCCUGGAACUCGGGAAACUGUCCGUCAGUCGAUCAUUGACGACUUUGAGAACAACAUCCAGGUGUCCUCUUCGAUAAUUCUUGAAUGAAAACUUUUGCAGGAGCUGGUCCGCCAGGAAAUUCGCAACUACAUUAAUACGUUGAGGCUGAAAGAUGACAAAGAAAGGCUAGAGCUCUCCGUUGACGAUUUGUUCAGAGGUUUCUGUUGACCAUGUCAAGUAAGAAUUAUCUAUAUUUUCAGAAGCGGCUGUUGUGGUUCCAACCUCCGAGGCCUCCAAGACGCAGGUGCCUGAGCCGGAAGAUCCGCAGGGUUCUGUCUGUCAACUCGUGCGCCAAUCUACUGAGGAAUCUGUCAUUCACUUUUGA